AUGCGCGUCCCUGUCACGUCGUUACUCUUGCUCGCUCUCAUCUCAGACCCCAGUCUGGCUGUGCCGACUCUGAUUGAGCGAGCUGGGGCCGAUACCGUCGCUCCCUUUCAGGGCCCUUCGGCCCUUGAUGCGUCCAAGGUGCCAUCUUCGUCGAAUGUAGCACCCUUCCAGGCUAGCGGCUCAUCACCGGGUCCAUUCCAGGGUGGCCAAGAAGCGGCUGCCAAGGCACCAGAGCCGGCUGCCGCCGCUCCAUUCCAGGGUCCUCCUGCUGCUGCCGCCGCCGCUGCUGCUCCCGCCGCUGCGUCUCCUGCCCCGAAUACAGGCAACGGCGCGGGUAAGGGCCAGCGUGACGGAGCAGCAGCACCCGCCGCUGGUACCGGUGCCGGUGCUGCUGCCGCAACUGGCGGUGGUACCUCUGCAAAAGGUGGUACUACCCCGGCUGCUGGUGGCAGUACCUCAGGCAAAGGCGGGACCACCCCGGCGACUGGUGGCAAUGCCUCGGGUAAAGGUGGUGGCACCUCGACGACUGGUGGCAGUACCUCCGGCAAAGGCGGGACCACCCCGGCGACUGGUGGCAAUGCCUCAGGUAAAGGCGGGACCACCCCGGCGACUGGUGGCAAUGCCUCGCGCAAAGGUGGCGCUACUGGACAAAACCUUCCACCAGUCACGGGUACGUUCCGCGGUGACACAAAAAACCAGGGGAGGAAGAAUAAUAGAGCAAACCUGGGGGCUCUGGGGGCUCUCUUGGGGGCGGCUGGAGCCGGAGGCGGCGCAAGGCAGGGUGCUGGCGCUGGCGCCGGCGCCGGCGCUCUCACUGCACUGCUGGGUGCCGUUGGUGGUGGUGCCCGAGGCGGCGCAAGGCAGGGUGCCAACGGAAGGCAGGGUGCAGGUGCCAACGGAAGGCAGGGCGCAGGUGCCAAUGGAAGGCAGGGGGCCGGCGGUCUCGCUGCGUUGCUAGGUGCUGCUGGAGCUGCUUAG